UCAAAUAAAUCAAAAACCCAAGGAAUCAGCUUGGGACAUAGAGAUUGAUGUUUUUGAAACGUGAGAUAAACGCUUAGGUCAACAUCUUUAGCACCCAAACAAGGUUCUGGGAACCUGAGCAGCAACAGACCCAUAUCCACCCUCAUGCAGUAUGGGAAAAGUGACAACCAGGUAGAGCGACAAAAUGACUGUCUCCUUAGUCGUACUGAGCCCUGCUACCAAGCUGUAUGACUGGGAUGAGCAGGUUUCUUCUACAGCACAGCAGGAGACUCGGGCUCUACUGGACGGUGGCUCCACCAAGGAGACACACCAUCGUAUAGACGAGGGGAAAAGGAAUUGCCAAGUAAGUCAGAUCUCGAAAAAAGAAACGCAACAGAGACGGUCACAAUAAGACAACUUGAGGGUUAUCUAGAUAUAGAGCAUAUAGACUGACUCCACACACCGGAGUAUCAGGAUGAAAAUCCGCGUGAUGCAGAUCUGGGGCUUCCUGAUGACAGUGCUGGGCUGGAUCUUUGUGGCAUGCACCAUGGCCAUGGAGGGCUGGAAGGUCACGUCCAUCGGGGGCAUGGGCGGCUCGGCUGUCAUCAAGGUGGCCUGGUACUGGUCUAACCUGUGGAAGGCCUGCUUCACCGACUCCACUUCUGUCACCAACUGCCAAGACUUCCCUGUGCUCUGGUCCGUGGACAACCACAUCCAGAUUGUGAGGGGCCUGCUGAUGGGUGCUCUGUCUGUGGGGAUGCUGGGGUUCGUACUCAGUCUCAUUGGGAUGGAGUGCACCUUCCUCGGGGGCAAGGACAAGGCGAAGUACAGGAAGCUCUUCACUGGAGGAGUCUGUCACAUCAUCAGCGGCUUUCUGGCUGCGUCGGGAUACGCUGUCUACGCAAAAUACGUCUCUGGGGAAUACUUCAACCCCUAUUUUGACGGAUUAAAGUUUGACCUGGGGACUCCUCUGUUUCUUGGCUGGGUGGGAUCAGCUUUCCAUAUGACAGGGGGUUGGUUCUACUUGGUCUCUGUGUGCAAACUGCUCUGUGGGGACGAGAGCAAAACCAUAGUCAUCCCUGAACUUCCCGAGGUUGAGAGCGACCAGGCCAAGUCCACCACACCACAGUCCCCAGUAUCCCAGAUCACUUCAAAGAUCAAGGUUUCAUCUGCAUCUAAGAUCUCUUCCAAAGCUGCACACUCAGAUGUGUCUGCCAUCUCCUCAAAGUCUCGUCAGUCCGGUCGCGCGUCCAACUCAGAGUGGUCUGGGCGGUCCUCAAACUCUGUGCAGUCUGACGGUGGGUCUUUGACGUCUGGUCGUUCAUCGAGGUCGAGGUCUCAUGGGUCAGUGCACUCCGAGGUGAGCAGCGGCAGCAGUACUACAGUGUCCUCUUUAUCCAGUGGGUCAAGGAGGAGCGAGAGAGAAUUGUUUAUCAAAAACUCUUACAUAUGACCUGGUUCUGUUCAAGUAUGUGUGAUUUUGACUGGAUUGAACUGAAGUAACAAUUGUAUAUACUGUGUAUGAUGAUUAGGGCUGGCAGAGUUAAUCCGUUAACUUCAUGGGAUUUUAGUGAACUACUGUACUUUAAAUCGGGAUUCAUCUCAUUGUCUGAAAGCUUUCAAAAUACAGUGAGAAUAUCCAAAAUACAUAAUUUACACAGCUAAAAAAAACAAUUUGAUGUCAAAACACGUUAACAAUGAGGUUAAAUUAAGUGUGCUUUAUCAAUUUACCUGAUUUGCUAACCAUUGCUUUGGACAACUCAAUUUGAGCAAAUUAUGAAUUUGCGAUGAAUCACAACAGAUCCUUUGAUUAACUCGAUUAAAUGUUUGAAUCGUAUGACAGCCCAACGAUGAUCCAAUUGUGAAUCUGUAUGUGGGGGAAUGCCUCUGUAUCUAAUGGCCUUUUAUCCUGGGUGUGUUUCACUAUCAUUAAAUAAAA